AACCUAAAAGACUCAAAAGUCACAAGAGGGAAAACAAGUUGAAAAGUUGUUUUAAUGUUCAUGUUUGGAAAUGUUAAAUGAUAACAAUCUCUCUGAAAAUUGUAAGCUGAUAGUACAAUAAAAAAGAUGCCGGUGAGUCGGUUGGACGUAGUGUACAGGAAAUUUCUCCUAACGAAGUUUUUCACAAAAGGAUGGGGUUCGCCGGAGCACUUACAAAGACUAUUCGAUUUUCGGCAGAUUAUUUCUAAUAGGGAUUCCUGUUAUCAGUUGGUGCCAAAACAUUAUCCAAUUACCAUACUGAAUGAGGUUAAAAGAUCUGACUGUCGAAUACUGGAAGGCAAAUUCCAUAGCCCAUUGACAUUGUAUCUACCAGGAUUGGUCCCAGAAGAAGUGCAAGACUCUUAUUUUCAAAUGGUGCUGCCGUUGGAGUGGAAAAACUCUCACAAACCCAUGUGUAUUCAUUUAGCAGGAACUGGUGAUCAUUAUUUCUGGCGAAGAAGAAACAUCAUGGCAAAACCUCUACUAAAAGAGGGGAUAGGAGCUAUUAUUUUAGAGAAUCCAUAUUAUGGACUUAGAAAACCCAAAGAUCAAGUAAGAUCCAGCUUACAUUUUGUUUCUGAUAUAUUUGUGAUGGGUGGUUGUCUAAUACUGGAAUGUCUGGUGCUACUCAAUUGGUGUGAACAACUAGGAUUUGGCCCACUGGGAGUCACAGGAAUCUCAAUGGGUGGACAUAUGGCUUCACUAGCAGCAUCAAAUUGGCCAAGGCCCUUAGUACUAGUGCCUUGCUUAUCAUGGUCAUCUGCCUCUUCUGUUUUCACAGAGGGUGUUAUGAGUGAUUCCAUAGACUGGGACAUGUUACAAGCACAGUAUGAAAACAAUAAAUCCUACUGUGAUAAUCUCUCUAAAAUAUGUAGAAUAGUUGACAAUCCUUUUGCAUCUGAUCUCAGUAAACCUACAGAGGGAGCCAUAGAAUUAUCAAAUCUGGACCAAUCUGACAUAUCCAACAUAACCCCACAUGAGCUGAUGAACUUCAUGAACUGCAGUAGUUUUUCUGGUGUAAUUCUCAAACCCUUGGACAAAAAAAAGGAACUACAACCUGCUGGGGAAUUUUCCCUGGCAAAUAUCUUCAAGGACAAGCCUCCACUUGCUUUGAACAAAAAAGUAAACCAGAUGAAGACAAGGGAUAAAGAAGCCUUGUGGUUUAUGAGAGGGAUGAUGGAUGAAUGCACUCAUUUGAAGAACUUUUCAGUGCCCUAUGAUACAUCCCUGAUCAUUAAUAUUUGUGCCAAGGCUGACGGUUAUGUUCCUAGAGGUGGGCUGACAGGUUUGGAAGACAUUUGGCCUGGAGCUAUGGUUAAAUAUGUAGACUGUGGGCAUGUUGGAGCAUAUAUUUGGCAUCGAAAAAUAUUCAGGGAAGCUAUCAUUGAGGCUUUCAAUAGGGCAAAACUAAAAAUAGGACCUCCCUCUCCUUCAGUUUAUGAGAUUUGAUAAUGCUCAGUUUUGUAAUAAUAAUUACAAAUUUUACCAAAGUGCCUUGAAAAUUGUUAAUUCAACUUGUUUCUUCUUGUUAUUCAAUUUGUUAAAUGAAUUGUUGAAAGUUUAUAAAUUAGAAAUGCCUAUAUGCUUUUGUUAUGUUCACACAUAAUAUAUGUAUGUGGUUGAGUGGAAUUAUGUCCACAAAGCCAAAAAAAAGUUGUGAUAUUGUCUCAAUAGCAAGUUGUGUAUUAAUAGAGACUGUUUAUUGUU